ACAACAAUCAUUUCGUUUUUGCUUGAUUCUUGCAACCUAACACUUGUCUAGGACACUUCUGUCUGUCCAGGAUGGCAGAAGCAAAUAUUUCAUUGUCCCAAGAUGAGUUUACCUGCUCGGUGUGUCUGGAGUUACUCAAGGACCCGGCCUCAACUGCAUGUGGACAUAAUUUCUGCCUGGACUGCAUUCAACAGUACUGGGAUCAGAACAGCAACAUGGGCGUUUUCAACUGUCCUCAGUGCCGACAAACUUUCAGCCCAAGGCCUGUUCUGGGCAGAAAUACCACAUUAGUUGAAAUUGUGGAGAGAUUCAAGAAAACCAUGCCCAGCCAUCCUCUACCUGAGAAUCACACUACUCCAGGAGAUGUGCCGUGUGACUUCUGCUUGGACAAAACAAUUCCAGCCGUCAAAUCUUGUCUAACCUGCACAGCCUCGUACUGUGAGUCACAUAUCAAGCCGCAUUAUGAUGUUCUGGCAUUGAAGGCACACCUACUGGUUAAUCCCCGGCGAAAUCUGUGGGAAAGGAUAUGCCCUGCACAUCAGAAAGUCAUUGACAUUUUCUGUAAAACCGAUGAAACAUCCAUCUGCUGCUUUUGUGCAAUGACUGAACACAAGAGCCAUGACACAGUCAUAUCAAAGACAGAGAGGGAAAAAAAACAGAGCCAUUUAAAUAUGAAGCAAACUGAAAUACAUCACAGAAUUGAGGAGAGGCUACAGAAACUCACAGAGCUCAAAGAGGGUAUGGAGGCCUUUAAGAGGUCUGCUCAGAAGGAAAUUGAGGAAGCUGAGAAGUUAUUCACUGAGUUAAUUCAUUCCAUUGAAACCACAUGUAAAAAAAUAAUUGAAAUGAUCAAGGAUAAUGAAAAUGCUGAAGUAAAGAAGUCUGAAGGUGUUAUGGAGCAGCUGGAAAAUGACAUUUCUGCAUUGAGAAAGAGAAGCAAAGAGCUGACAGAGCUUUCCAAAACAGAUGAUGACAUCAGUUUCUUGCAGAAUUACCCUACACUCACCACACUUCCUGGAAAUGAAGAAUUUUCAGACAUCAGCUUCUGCUCUCAUUUUUCUGUUGCUGCUUUGACGAGGCACAAAGACAAUCUGAAAAGUGCAGUUGAAAAACUCUGCAACUGGGAAGUACAGACGGUUACCCAGGAUGUGUGUGUAUCUCCCUUCUACAGCCUGCAACCUGUGGAAAUGAAACAUAGAGAACAAUUUUUAAAAUUUUUCUGUCGGCUCAAACUGAACCCACGCUCAGCCCAUCGUCAUCUCCAUCUCUCCGAAGAUCUCAAGACAGUUUCUUGUUCCAGUGAGAUUCAGCCCUACCCCAGCUUCCCUGCUAGAUUUCACCACUGGCCUCAAGUACUUUGUGAAGAAGCGCUGGCUAGAGAUUGCUUCUACUGGGAAGUGCAGUGGAGUGGCUGCCCUGAAAUAGGAAUCACAUAUAAAGGCAUCAAUAGGAAAGGUGCUGGUGUCAACUGUCGACUUGGUGGCAACUCUAACUCUUGGUGUCUCAGCCAUUAUGGCGCUGGUUACUAUGCUUUGCACAAUAAUAAACCAACUAUAAUUAGUGCCCCCUUCUCCCCCAGAAUAGGAAUAUUCCUGGACUAUAUAACUGGCAGUUUGUCUUUUUAUAGCAUAUCAAACUCAAUGAAACUUCUGCACAAGUUUCAUGCCACUUUCACUCAGCCACUGUAUCCUGCCUUUUUGCUUCAGGGUGAUGCAAGUGUAACAAUUUGCCAAUAAGUCUGACUAAUUUCUUUGCUUCACCCACAGUGAAUCCAAAGUAGAUUCUGAGGUUCAAGUUCAGUAAGUUAAGGUUCAAAAUGCAUUGGCCUUGGUCUGGCAGACUUUCACUUUACAUAUUAUUCUGUCUUAUUGUUGUGAUUGUUUUCAUUUUCUCCAUUACUAUAAAGACUUUGGCUUUUGGAGUGUACUCUCUAUAUCAAAUUUUCUAUUUUGUUUGACCGACUUUCAGUCUUUAUGGACUUUUUAAAUUCUCACUCUAUUCCUAGAUAUAUUUGGGUGUUUCAGUUUCCUUCCUCAUCCCAAAUUUGUUUGUAUUCAGUUUCUAGGUGGUGUGAGAGUGUGGGGGCAUUGAAAAUAUACAAGUGAAUAAGCGAAUACAGUGAAAUUGAUUAUCCAUCUAGUCACUCAUUAUCAGGCUUGGUUAAUCUACUCUACAGUCAUGGUGGGCCAGGUCAGGGCAGAAACCAAUCCUGAUAAGAAACCAGUCUACCACAGAGAAAACUUAUGUACAACCCACAAUCGUUCAUACAGUGCUAAUUUAUGGGCACCAUUUGAACUAACCAGCAUGCUUUUGGGAUGUGGAGCCAAAGUACCAAAAGGAAAAGCCUCAGAAGCAUGUACAGAACAGGCAUCUUCUACACAGGUGUGCCAUUGUCUAUAAUUUCAACCCAGGACUCCAGUUAAUAUAUAGUUCAGUUAUUAAUUGUAAGAUAAGAAUAACAUUUUUCUUUAUGUAUGCCAUACAUUUAACAUUACUGUAUGUAAAAAUUUAUAACAUUAAUAUUUUUCUGUAUUAGGAAAUUUUGAAACAAUUAAGAAAUACAUUGCUGUAAUUACAAGCAAAAACUAUAUGCUCAGUGGUCUCAAUAUUAUCUUUACAAAAUUGCAAGCCUUCUCCUCCAUUCUAAAGCUUAAGUAGAUAUUAUUAGAAAUAUAAAUAUAAAGCAAGUAUCUCAUGAGAGUUCACCUGAAACAGUUCAUUGUUCUUCUGGUUACUUCAUUUUAUUUUUACAUUAGUGUCUCUUUUCAUAGCCGCUAUCACUAUGUUUACAGUUACUGGUCGCCUGAUAUGAAAGUCACAUGAUGUAACGCAGCUCUCCAAGCAACAUUGCGCAACAAUAUAUUGCACAACGUAGUUAGGGGCUAAUAUUAAAAUUUACAGGAAGGAUCUUUUGCGGUAUUACUUGGACUAUAUUUUUAGGUUUGUGAUUAUGAAUUUAAUGAUCAGAGGUAAUUUUCCCAAGACUGAUGACUCUUUGAGAGUAACAAGAAACUUUAUGAUGUUUAGGUACAUAAUGUACAUACGUAUUUCUUUUUUGUGCGUUCCCUAAAACCCCUGUUAAUCAGCCAGUUUAUGAUGAGGUACUACCCUGUUUGUAAAGUCAGCGACAAAAAAAGCAUUAUAAGUUGACUGAAAAAUCAAGUUCAAGCACUUUAUUGUCAUUGCGUAACACAAUUAAAUUACUUUUAUGACAACCCCAAAGGUUCAUUUAAAUAACAGAAUAGAGGUAACAAUUAAAAAAAGAAUUUGAGUUAAAAAAAAUAUGGAAAAUUGAAUAGUCAUACAAAAUAUGACAGCUAUUUGAAAAUAUGUCAAAUACAGUGUUAAGUGAUCAAGU